AUGUCGAACAACAGCGCUUUAGUGCCGCAGGUGAAGACCGGCACCUCAAAAUCAUCAAAAACUGUCUUUCAUUUCGCCGCUGGUCUCUGCUCAGGCCUCACCUCUUCGAUCCUCCUCCAACCUGCCGACCUCCUAAAAACCCGAGUUCAACAGUCCGGCCACGGUGCCACCCUCCUUCCUACCCUAAAAUCAAUCCUUUCCUCUCCACAUCCCGUCCGUGGACUAUGGCGCGGUACACUUCCGUCGGCCCUCCGUACAGGUUUCGGGUCAGCCCUAUAUUUCACCAGCCUUAAUGCCCUUCGCCAGACAGUCGCUCAAGCCAACACCCCUGCUGUUCUUGCCAGCUCGACGACUCCCAAAUCCUCCUCCGCCCUUCCUAAACUCUCCAACACCGCAAACCUAGCAACCGGCGCCAUUGCACGGGUCGCUGCCGGCUUUGUCAUGAUGCCCGUUACUGUCCUCAAGGUCCGCUACGAAUCCGAUUACUACGCCUACCGCAGCCUCGUGGGUGCCGGUCGCGAUAUCGUACGAACUGAAGGAAUGCGCGGUCUUUUUGCAGGUUUCGGCGCCACGGCUGCUCGGGAUGCCCCCUAUGCUGGGCUCUAUGUGCUCUUCUACGAACAGCUGAAACGACGAUUCGCGGCUAUGCGUACCAAAGACUCCAGCAAAAGCGACGGGUCCCCAGUUACAGGCGCAUCGUCCUCAUCCAUCAAUUUUGUUUCGGGCGCAUCAGCUGCUGGCCUCGCGACCGCCAUCACCAACCCUUUUGAUGCUGUCAAGACCCGUCUGCAGCUGAUGCCUGCCAAGUACGGCAACAUGCUCCGAGCAACGCGUCUAAUGAUCCACGAGGACGGCAUGCGCAGUCUCUUCGGUGGCCUUGGCCUCCGCAUGGCGCGGAAAGCAUUGAGCUCGGCUCUGGCGUGGACCGUCUACGAAGAGCUCAUUCUUCGCGCGGAGAAGCGGUGGGCUGCGAACCAUGAGAUGAGCCUAUAA